AAAGGACGCUGGCAGCCAUGUUCAUUUGUCAACGAACUGCAACGGACGUCAAUCGGUCUCUCCAAGUCUUUCUGGCAUUUUUCUUUUUUUUCUCGCCAAACAUCAAAUUCAACAAAAAUAUCAGUGUUUACGUGAAUUUAAAUUUUUUUUUAAAAACAAUUUGUGCUUUUUAAGGAAUACAAAAGCACGAUGGCGUCCGCGGAAUUUGAAAAGCGCAAGCGUGAAGAAUACGAAAUGCAGCUGUUUGGCUUUCAUUCGAGAACCGUUUAUGCGAUCCUGAGAAAAGCUACUGAAGCCCAUAUUAAGUCAACGUGUUUAGCUUCAUAUAAUUCAAUUGCCAGUAAAUAUAAUUUAAAUGAAGAAAAAAAGGAUAUUUUAAAAAAAGAAAUAAAUGAAUUAAAAAAACUCUACAUGAAGAAAGCAGAACCAGAAUUUGAAAAUCUCCAGAAAAUUGUUGAAAAAUAUAUAAGAAUACCGGACAAUGUUUUGCUCGAGGAAGAUAAAUGCCAAGCAGUUCAAUAUUCAGAUAAGGAAGUUGAAGAAUUAAAUGAAAAAUUAUUAAAUCUGCAAAAAACAUUGAAAAGGGUACAUAUUCAAAGCACACUUCUUGAUAAGGAAAUUGAAUCAAUGAAGGGAAUAGAAGAAUUUUUAAAUUUUGCAAUGAACAUUAUUAAUGAUGCGGAGAAAGCUUUAAAUAUUUUUAAACCUGAUAAAGAAAUUGCGAGUUUAGUUGAAAAAUAUCAAAUAUUACAUAAAAAAACUAAUGAUUUUUCAUCAAAAACAUUGAAACAGACGUAUAAUCCAAAUAUAGAUUAUAUUCAAAUAAAAGACUGCAAUCUUGAUGAGGAUAAUUAAUUUUUUUUUAAUUAAAUAACAAAACAAAAAAAGUUCAUGCAAUUUAUAUAAAGUUUCUUUUUUUUUUUAAUUCUCAUCAUUAAUUUAAUUUUGUUUUAAUAUUCAUUGUAUAAUUUAUAUUUUUAAUUUGUCUGUGACUUAAUUUUUUUUUUGUUUAAUAUCUGUAAAUACAAAAUUGUAAUAUAAUCAAGUUGUGUAAAUAUAAUCUAUGUUUUUUUUUUAAA